UGCAGGGGAGCCCUAUGCAUCACCCGAGUGUGCGUGGACAGCGUGGGCUUCUCUCUCCUCCAGAGCGCACACACGAAGCAGCAUCCUCUUCCUCCUUCAUCCUCAUCCUCACCAUCUACAGGCUGAAGAGAGCGACGCUCGCAGGAUUUACGGAGUAAGCCAAGUCAACUGGGAGUCUGCUGCUCUAUCCUGACUACAGGGAAAAAAGGCCCCAUCAUCUUCAAAGGCCUCUCAGCAAGACCUUUGUCCUCUAUUGAAUCUUCUGAAACAUCUUAAAAAUGGAGGACAGCUACCAAAACCGGACUGCUUUUAUAAAAGGUGCAAAAGACAUUGCGAAAGAAGUUAAGCGGCAAGCUUCCAAGAAGGUGGGCCGUUCGGUGGAUCGAAUGAGUGACGAGUACAGCAAGCGCUCCUACAACCGCUUCGAAGAGGAUGAUGAUGACCACCCUAUGCAGGGGAGUCAAGAUGGAGGCUACUACCGCAGUGACAGCCAGGCGGCCAACGAUGACGAUGGCGGCCACAGUGACUCCACUGAGGGCCAUGACGAGGAUGACGAGAUCUAUGAGGGCGAGUACCAAGGAAUCCCCAGGGCUGAUUCCGGGAAAGGCGACUUGGCUGGAGGUCCUGGAUCAAUAACAGCUGGGGCUCAACAGUUCAGAGAUAUUGGUGUGUCCGAGGCUGAGAGGCGGAAAGACCAGGAGGAGUUGGCUCAGCAGUAUGAGACCAUUUUACAGGAAUGUGGCCACGGGAGGUUCCAGUGGACCCUGUACUUCGUGCUCGGGCUGGCACUCAUGGCUGAUGGCGUAGAAAUAUUUGUGGUGGGGUUUGUCCUCCCCAGUGCAGAGAAGGAUAUGUGUCUGUCUGAACCCAGCAAAAGCAUGCUUGGUCUCAUCGUAUACUUUGGGAUGAUGGUUGGGGCUUUCCUCUGGGGGGCUAUGGCAGACCGGAUAGGCCGCCGGCAGUCCCUUAUCAUCUCUCUGUCCAUCAACAGUAUCUUCUCCUUCUUCUCAUCCUUCGUUCAGGGUUACAGCACUUUUCUGUUUUGCCGCCUCCUCUCAGGUGUUGGAAUCGGUGGCUCAAUUCCCAUCGUAUUCUCCUACUACUCUGAAUUUCUGUCUCAAGAGAAGCGCGGCGAGCACCUCAGCUGGCUCUGCAUGUUCUGGAUGAUUGGAGGAAUUUAUGCGUCCGCCAUGGCCUGGGCUAUCAUUCCACACUAUGGCUGGAGUUUCCAGAUGGGCUCAGCGUAUCAGUUCCACAGCUGGCGGGUGUUUGUGUUGGUCUGUGCUUUUCCUUCUGUUGCAGCCAUUGCUGCGCUCAACGCCAUGCCUGAGAGCCCACGCUUCUACUUAGAGAAUGGCAAGCAUGAUGAAGGCUGGAUGAUUCUGAAGCAAGUUCACGAUACAAACAUGAGAGCUAAAGGAUACCCGGAGAGGGUAUUCACUGUCACCACAAUAAAGACUGUGAAGCAGAUUGAUGAGUUGGUGGAGAUUGGCAUCGACACCCCCGUCUGGCACCGCUACAGACUGAAGAUUAUGAGUCUUUCCCAACAGAUACGGAACAACAUUCUUGCCUGCUUCAGCCCCGAAUAUAAAAGGACCACCUUAAUGCUCAUGGCUGUUUGGUUCAGCAUGUCUUUCAGCUACUACGGGCUGACAGUAUGGUUCCCUGACAUGAUCAAGUACAUCCAGAAGCAGGAAUAUGAUUCACGGACAAAGACCUUCACUAAGGAGCGAGUGGAGCACGUAACGUUUAACUUCACCCUGGAAAACCAAGUCCAUCGUGAAGGACACUAUUUCAAUGACAAGUUCCUCAACCUGAAGAUGAAGUCCAUGGUGUUUGAAGACUCAGUGUUUGAGGAGUGCUACUUUGAGGACAUCACCUCCACUCACACAUUCUUCAGGAACUGCACCUUCAUUGCCAGUUUGUUUUACAACACAGAUUUGUUCAAGUACAGGUUUGUCAACUGUAAGCUGAUCAACAGUACAUUCCUCCACAACAAAGAGGGAUGCAUGCUGGACUUCAGUGAUGACUUCAACAACGCCUACAUGAUUUACUUCGUCAACUUCCUUGGUACACUCGCUGUGCUCCCCGGGAACAUCGUGUCUGCUCUUUUAAUGGACAAAAUCGGCCGUUUGAGGAUGCUGGCUGGAUCUAGCGUCAUAUCCUGUGUCAGCUGCUUCUUCCUGAUGUUCGGCAACAGUGAGUCGGGGAUGAUCGCCCUCUUGUGUCUGUUUGGUGGGAUCAGCAUUGCCUCGUGGAAUGCCCUAGAUGUGAUAACUGUGGAGCUGUACCCAUCUGAUAAAAGGACCACAGCAUUUGGCUUCCUGAACGCCCUCUGCAAACUGGCAGCAGUUCUGGGCAUCAGCAUCUUCCAGUCAUUAGUGGGCAUCACCAAGGCUGUACCCAUCCUAUUCGCUGCUGGCGCACUCGCUGCUGGCAGUUUCCUCGCAACAAAGCUGCCCGAGACGAGAGGCCAGGUGCUGCAGUAAGACAGACGACCAGCCGUGGGCAGCAGAGUUCAGCCGGAGUGAGUAGGUGACAGGCCUGAACAUCCCUGAGAGCUUCAGCGCUGCCCGUCCGUUUCACUGCAACAGUAGAGAAUGCCUUCCCCCUUCUUCUAAGCCCAGAAUCCUUUGAAAUGUGGAUUGUAUCAUUCAGUGUCAGAUAUUAAAGGAGAGCAAACAUUUUUGAAAACCUGCACCAUCGCUACACCUGAGGCCUAGUUUCAGCAGUUCUGUCAGGUUUCAUAAAAGUCUAAUCCUACAGUGGUUGUUAUGUGGUACAAAUGGAAAUAUGCAUUUAUUAUAAAACACAUUCUUAGUGGAACGGCAGAAGAAACUGAAAAGAAGAAAUUUUUGGGGGAAAGAUUUAGCUACAUAAAAUUGCAGUGUUCUUCUUUACUCGUGUGUCUUAAUCUCCAUGGCUGGUUUACAGAGCUGUUACUUAUUUUACUUCUAACUUCAGUUCACCACUGCCAGACCUGCUGACGCUGGUACUACCAACCAAAACCCACUAAAAGAUCACUGUAAAGCUGAUUUACACAGACAGCUGAAGAUGCAUUUCACAGGAUUCUUUGAUGUCCAUGGGAAUAGUUGGACCCAGUGUUAAACCGAUGUUUAACCUCCCUGUUGUGUGACAGUUUGUGGAUGUUCAUGGGUGAGACAGGGGAAUAUCUAUGGGAUGGAUUUUGGUCAAGUGUUAAUGUGUGAGAGGAAACUAUAGUGUUCUUUUUGUCUGUAUUAGUUGUUAGCCAGUUGUACUUGAGGUUUUGUGGAUGGACAAACUGCUGAAAUUGAAAAAACUGAAAUAUCUGUUCUAGAUGAAAAUCAGGUUUUGGGGUUAGCUUCACAAAAGUUGAUGUACAACAAUCUAAAUGAUUGCUUGUGUUUAUGUCAGUUUCUAGAUUUAGAUUUUUUUCCCCCAGGCACCAGAAUGUUUUCAUAGUUUAAAGCUAAUUUUUUUAAGUCAGACAAAUGGACCAGGACUCAUGCAGUAGGUCUGGUCUCUCUGCCAUCCUGUGUCCUCAUACUCAGAGGGAAAUCCCAGACCUUAAACAGGUCUAGUUAGUUUACCUUAAAGUUGUAUCAUUUUUUAUUGUAUUCAGUCCCUCAAAUUAUCAUGAUUGGGAUGUCCCAAUCUGAAUUUUCUUUUUGUCCUUGAAGCCAAUCUGAGUGAUUUGCAAAUACAGAGUCUAAUUGUGAUAUUAAAAUCAGUGCUAUACGUAUGGUUUAAAAUGCUGUAGCUUUUAAUUUCAGUUAAAACACACCCUACAUUUUGCCAGUAUUACUUACUAGCUCACCAGUCCCGAUGCUGUAGUAUCUGUUUGCUCUUGACAUCAACAGAUAUCUUCUCCCAACCACAGUUUCUGCUGGGCAGCCUAAAAGCCAGGAAUUUGUUUUAUCUCACUGCCUUUCAGCAAAAUGCAUAGUGUGAUUUAGACACCAAUUGGCUCACUACAGAAGUGCAUUCCGCAUUAUUAUCCAACUCCAACUAGGGGCUUGCUAGGUUAGACAAACCACUAUAUUUUUACAUAAAACAUGGAUAGCUUUAGUAUGUUCCUAAAGUUAUAUGAUAUAUAGGAAUACCAUAGCUGUAGGUGUGGAGUCAGACAUAUAUGACUGCACACCUACAGCUACAGUUUUUAAAACCACAAAUUGGCCCUGCUGAUGAUGAUUUUCAUGUGAAGACGUUUACUGAAGUACAAGGCUAACUUUGGCAUGUUUAUUCUUUGUUUUGAUAUAACUCAUGAAUAAUUUGGCUCAUAAUAUACAGGUCCUUCUCAAAAUAUUAGCAUAUUGUGAUAAAGUUCAUUAUUUUCCAUAAUGUCAUGAUGAAAAUUUAACAUUCAUAUAUUUUAGAUUCAUUGCACACUAACUGAAAU